AUGGAAGUCGAUCGUGUUGUCGUGAUUCGAGGCGAUGAAUGCACAGAUGAGAUAAGAAAUGCGGUGAAAAAGAUACGACACCUGAGUAAUCCUGAUCUUCUCUUCGUUCAUCUAAACCUCUCUGCUCCAAAACCCAAAGUCAAAGGUGUGGACAUCCGGAACCAGAACUCUCAGAACGACAUCUACCUGGCUGGCUUCAGUGAACACAUUCUCAGGUUCAUUGGAGAGAUAGGGAACAAGAGAGGUCAAGUAGUUCAUGUGGAAGGGAUUGACAAACGUUUUAACCUGAAACCCAUUCCAAAACCCCCUCUCCUUGCUUCACCUCACCUCGUAUCACCUCGCAUCUUACCUCCACGAUGGCGCAUGGUGCGUGUGUUCAUUUCAUCCACAUUUCGGGACAUGCAUUCAGAGAGGGACCUUCUGACCCAAGUUGUGUUCCCAGAGCUUCAAAGAAGGGCUAAGGCCCUGAGGAUCCAUGUCCUUCCCGUCGACCUUCGUUGGGGCAUCACCGAGGAACAAGCCUGCUCCAAACGAUCUUUGCAACUGUGUCUUGAGGAAGUGCAGAAGUGUCAACUGUUCCUGGGAAUCCUGGGAGAUCGCUACGGUUGGGUUCCAUCCUCAAAGUGGAUAGAAGACUUAGACGAUGACCUGAAAUGGGUUGGUCUUCAUCCACCCGGGGCGUCGAUGACAGAACUGGAAAUUACAUAUGCCGCCCUUUCUCACCCAAGGGAGGCCAUGAAUAGGGCCUUCUUCUUCAUUCGAACUCCGCAGCUCAUCAAAGAGAUUCCAGAGGAACUGAGAGAGGAUUUCCAGACCCAAGAUCCAAAUGAAGAACAAAGACUAGAGAGACUGAAAGUAGAAGUUCGUUCAUCAGGAUUGGAAGUGUUUGAUGGUUACCCAGCACACUUUGCUGGCUUCAGCCAGGAUGGUCGACCUAAGCUCUCAGGGCUGGAAGCCUUUGCAUGCAGGGCUCUAGAUGUUCUCUGGAAUGCUCUCUCCAGAUUGUAUUCUCCUUUGCAGUCUGAGGAGGAAGGAAAAGGUAAUGGGAGCAUGCUGGCAUUCCAAGCACCUUUCAUUAGUGAGAGACAAGAGAAGUAUGUCGGUAGAAAAUUUGUAUUGAAGGAAACAUUGAGUCAGGUGAAACGCUUAUUACGAAUCGGAGGACUCAUUUCUGUCACAGGCUCACCUGGUUCAGGGAAGACCUCUUUCCUGGCAGCCAUUUCGAAGAGACUGGAAGAAGAAGGAAUCGUAAAGAGGAUAAUUCCCCUGUUCUCAGAUGCCAUUGUGCCUCAAAUUGGUCGAGAUCCCAUGGCAGCUAUGUCUCUGCUCUUUGCGGAACUCCUUCGUAUCUCCCAGGUGGAUCCAGAGGUGAUUGAUGUUAGUCGUGACCCAGUGUUUGCCAUCCCUGAACUUCUCCUUGCCCUAUCACAAAACCAAGGGAAGGUGGUGAUCAUUGUAGAUGGAGCAUGGCUCCUUCGUGACAAUUGGAUACCCUCUCCCAUUCCUCCUUCAGCUUUUGAGAACCAGCUGCGGCUGGUAACAACAAAACGAGCUGCUGGCUCCCCGCUCUAUCUUGUCCUUGUGUGUGAGGAGCUGCGGCUCUUUCCUUCCUAUGAGCAGGUGACAAGUAAAAUCCAUCGCUUGGGCUCCACCAUCCCAUUACUCAUUCAAGAUGUCCUGUCUCGUCUGGAAGAGGAGUAUGGUGUAGAGACUAUGAGAUUCCUCUUCUCUAUCCUCCUUGUCUCUCCAAAAGGCCUAAUGGAGAAGGAGCUGUAUGACCUCCUUGCCCUCAAAGAUGCUAGAAUUUCAGUAGCUGCUGUUCAUGAGGAUAGAUCAAGGAAAGACCUAAUGGGAUGCAAAAUCACCUUUCCUGCAUUGGAAUUUCUUGGAAUCUCACAUGCUCUUAAAGCUGUCCUUCAAGGCAAGGCUGACAGCUGCUAUUCACUUGUCCACCAAGAUGUGAGGGAUGCUGUGACAUUACGUUAUGCUCAGGUGGUCAAAAGUGCAACAUCGUCCUCUCUGGUGCCAUUUCACCGGAUUCUUGCUGGUUACUAUUGGCUGGAAAUGGAGGAGGGGAAGACAAGGACUGGAAUGAACCCAGUAGACCAUCAUCGUCUUUUGUCUCUACUACCAUAUCAUCUAUGCUAUGGAGAGGACUUUUCUUCUCUUGCUGCAAUCCUCACUGAUCUCAGGCAAGCAUAUGAUCCAUAUCAGUAUCUGGGAGCAAAGUGCCAGGCAAGCCUUGGGUCACAGCUCAUGGAGGACUUCUGCCUUCCUGACCGAGAGAAAGAUAAAAGACCCAAGAUGAAAACUGGGGAUAGGGAGAAGCAUGCUAGAUUCUUAGAUGAUCCUCGCAUAAAAGCCUUCCAAAGUUUUAUGUCAUCAGUUGCUGGCUCCAGUCCCACUCAGUGGUCAACUGGAAGAUUCCUGCAGAGAGCCUUGAAUGAACCAGACUCAUCACCUGUUUCUCAAGAUGCAAAAGUUUUAAUCCAAAAACGAAAACAGGGACGACAUGGCCUGUCUUCUGAAUUGAUUCUUGAAUGGAUAACAAAACCCCAACAACAAGAACCUAUUGAACUUGGACUAUCUGGAAUUUCUGAGAGCUUAAAUUGCUGUGCGGUAUCCCUGGAUGAGAAGGAGGGAGCCUUGGGUGAUAACCGAGGAGUCCUAUACCUCUAUGACCUUGUAGUUGGUCACAGGCAGCAUCGACUCGUUGGUCAUGGAUCAAAGAUCACUGCCCUAGCAUACAUUGGACCAAGUCGUUUGGCUUCUGGCUCCCAUGAUGGACUCCUCUGCAUCUGGGAUACCAUGGCAGGACAUCGCAUUACAUCCAUUCCUUCUGCCCACUCCUCACGCAUCACAGCCAUAUCGUCAAGCUCUGACUUCAUGACUUUUGUCACUGUUGCCUGGGAUGGAGCUAUCAAGAUCUGGAAUGGAGAUUCUUGCACGGGAGUGUCAACUAUCCGAAAGAAUGCAAAGCCAUUUACAUGUGCUGUAAUGCACCCAGAGAAGAACAUGCUCAUCACUGGUGGUUGGGAUGGACUCAUCAAGAUUUGGGAGCUUGUCAACUAUCAGUGCAAGGCUGUGUUACGAGGUCAUGGGAGCUCCAUUCGUGGGGUGGCAAUCGCCUCCCAUGGCAAACGCUUGGUAUCUACAUCACUUGAUGGAGUUGUGAGGCUUUGGUGUGCUCUUCAGGGCACAUGUAUUGGGGUCCUGGAUUCCUCUGGUUCCAUUGUUUCUGUUUGCUUUUCUCAAGAUGACUCCCUCAUCUUCACUGGGACACAGCAUGGACUUGUGCAAGCUUGGUCAAGUGAGCUGGGAAGAACAGAAAGGAUUCAUCGGACUGCAGCAGGUGGAAGUCCCUUAUGUGUUGCUCUUUAUGGAGAACUCACAGCUAUUGGAUAUCAUGAUGGGACAUUAAGGCUCAUACAAAGUGGAAGAAAGUCCUGGGAUGUGAAGAUGAACCUCAACAAGUUUGUCUCAUAUGUUGGGUUCUUUGAUGCAUCAUAUUUGGUAGCCAUUGCAGGAAUGUCCAACAUCUACAUGCUUCUUGUCUCAAAGAAGGGGUUUGACUUGAGGAGUCAUGUGAUUUGUGACUUCAUUAAGUCCAUCACAGUCUCCAGCCAAACCCUCAUCAUUGGUGGCAUGGAUGGUUCAGUGACAAUGUAUGGACUGAGUCCUGAAAGUUUGUUAGAAGAAAAAGAAAAACUGUUCGUGGAUGGAUGGGUGACUGCAGUUGCCAUCUCAAAAGAUGGAGGCCUUCUUGCUGCUGCAUCUCAGGAUCGGGUCAUCACAAUCUGGGAGAUGAAAAAAAUCAACGGCAAAUGGAAAGUGAGGCAUCGGUUGGAAGGCCUUCAUGGAGACUGGAUUGAAGGGAUGGCAUGGGCUCAAUCUCGCAACAAGGAUCUUCUUCUCACUGGAUCUCGAGAAUCUUCCAUCUGUAUAUUUGAACUUCAGCGGGAGAGAAUCUGUCAUCGACUCCAUGCACAUUCUGCUUCUAUUUCCUCCAUCCUUGUUCAGGGGAAUAUCUUCCUGAGUACAUCAACAGAUGGGAAAAGCAUCCUGUGGACAACAGCUGGGGUGCAGGUGACAUGUUUACAAGGUGUCCCUGAUACUCGUCCAGCAUUCCUCGGAUCUCUUUGUUCCCAAGACACUCCCAAUCAGGAUGACUCAAGGAUUCAGUGUGAAGAGAUGGAUGAAGACUUGCUUUCUGAUGGUGAAAAAGACCAGCUGAGGAAACAGAAAGAAUUGCAGGAGACAUUGGGAGGAGGAAGAGUGGCAAUUGUGAGGCAUGAUGGUGUUCAUCUCAUCGAUGUUCAUCAGGCCUCCCAGGAAAAGAUUUUGUUGGGUCAUAAGAGCCGGGUGGGAGACAUACAUCCAGUUGGACACAGAGGUUGUCUUUCAGUGUCUGAUCGUGGCUCUCUCUAUGUGCAUCAUGUCAAGGAGAAAGCCCAUGAGGAAGUAUCCAGUCAUUCUCCCAUGACCUGCUUGGAUGUGUCUUGGGAUGGGAUUUGGGUUGCUUCAGGGCACGAGGAUGGUAAGAUCAAGGUGUGGAAGAGGACUCACGAAGACUGCAUCAGUCUUGUCUCUGUCUCUGAUGGACAUAUUCAUUCUGUUCGAGGGAUUCAUUGGAUCCAUAAUGCUGCUGAAGAGCCACUAUUGGUCUCUGUGUCAGUUGGAGGGGCCAUUAAUCUCUGGAAGAGCAGAACCGAUGAGAUAAAACUGGCUUGUGAUGGAUUUGUGGAAGGUGGGGUCAUUGCCUCCUACUUUAGGGCAUGGAAUGGAGGUAAUCAGGGAAGUGAUGGAGUUGAUAGAGUCAUCAUAUUGACCCAUUCUUCUGGGAAGUUAUCCCUUCUACAUGUUUCCAAUGUUCUUUCUCCUAAACCCACUGUCAUUGUUACGAGAGAAUGGGUAUCGGCAUUGCAAAUGUCUCCUUCUGGCCAAUUGUGGAUGGCAUCAUCUUCAGGUGGCAUCAAUGUCUCCACUCUAGAAAGAAAUGAAAUAAAGAAGGAAAGAUACACACUGGGUGAGGCAAAGGAGAUACACCAUUGGGAUGCAGUCGUGGAAGCCAUGCUCUCUCUUCCGGAUGGAAGGAUUGUCUUUGGAGACCAUGAUGGAAGCAUUUGUCUGCUUGGAAACAAAGGCCAAGUCUUGUCGGUUGUACAGAGAGGUCAUGAGAGUGCAGUGAAGGACCUCAAGAUCUUGAGUAUGGAUGGCCAGGGAGACCAUUUUGUGAGCAUUGCAGCUCGGGAGCAGCUGAUCAAAGUUUGGCUUGUCUUGUGUGAUUCACUUCAUCUGAUUGGGGAAUUUGAUAGAGGAGUUGAGGUGAGCUGCCUUGGAGUCAUUGCACAUUCAUCCCAGUUGGAAAUCCUCUUCGUGACACCUCUAGACGUCGUGAAGAUUCGACUUCAGACACAACAGACGGAGUAUAUGAAGAGCCACAAGUGUUUUUUAUAUUGCAAUGGUCUCAUGGAUCAUUUAUACCCAUGUUACUGUAAUGGAACAAAUGGGAGCAUGCCUACUUCACCUCCAGCUUCAGCAUCAAACAAAUCUUGGUUUUGGUUUUUGCGUCGGGCACCAUCUCCUGGCUCCUUUGAUGCCAUGUGGUAUUCCAGACCUGGACAUUUCAAUGGAACUAUUGAUGCAUUUGUGAAGAUAGCCAGGAAUGAAGGGAUAACAUCCCUUUGGAGUGGCCUCCCACCAACCCUUGUGGCAGCUAUCCCAACCACUGUGCUCUAUUUCACUACCUAUGAUUAUUUGAAGGCAUGGUUAACUAAAAAAUUAGCUGCCAUCUCUCCAUUCCAAAAACCUCAGCAAGUGCUGAACCUCUCUUAUCACCAUCUUCAUGUGCAGGACACAGCAUUCAAAGAUUCCUCUGCAUCAUUUAAUUCCCUUCAAGCAGUGUCUCUAUCCCCAUUGCCUAAUAGCUUAUCAUUAUGGAUCCCAUUGAUGGCUGGAAUGGGUGCCAGAGCAUGGGCUACCACUGUUGUAUCCCCAUUUGAACUUAUCCGAACCAAGAUGCAGUCUAAGCGCAUGAAAUAUUCACAUGUUGGAGAUGCCUUGAAGCUGCUAGUGAAGCAAGAAGGAGUACUUGGCUUAUGGAAGGGCCUGUUUCCAACUCUUCUAAGAGAUGUUCCCUUCUCUGGGUUGUAUUGGCUUGGAUAUGAGUCACUGAAGGCAAUGUUCAUGGAUCGAUAUCAUGUUCUUACACCAACUCUGGUUUUCAUUGCAGGAGCCACAGCUGGAACAGUUGCUGCCAUCGUAACACUUCCAUUUGAUGUGGUGAAGACACUGAGGCAGAUUGAGCUUGGUGAUACUGACUUCUUCUCAGACAAGCCAAGGAAAAGUCGCAGCACGAGAGUGAUCAUUAUGCAGGUGUAUGAGCAGCAAGGCAUCAGGGGAUUAUUCACAGGACUCAUUCCACGAAUUGUAAAAGUGGCACCUGCAUGUGCCAUCAUGAUCACCUCUUAUGAGUAUGGGAAGCAUCUUCUUGCUUCAUAUGAGGAACAGCGUGUUUGGUCCAACAAAUGUCGGUCAUCCCCCAAAGACUCUCUGGAUGUAAGACCUAUUUAGAUGUUUCGUUCCUCAUUCCAUUUUGUGACAAUUUGCUGGAUAGUUGGAAGGAGUGAGAGGAAGCAUGAGGAACAGAAAGUUGCCUGUGAUAUCCAUCAGUGCUGGUGCUCUUUUUUUUUUUUUUU